AUGGACGAAAGACAUUGGUGGUUUGCGACAAAAUUGCAAGAAACCUUUCACAUUGGAGCACAAGACAGCCCCACCAUGCUGGAAGACUUUAUGGCCGAGCAGGCAACUUUGGACUACAUAAACGACUUUCUAGCCAUUGGAGGACACACGAAGUUGUUCUUUUAUUGCCCGAAACCUAGCCAAGAAACUCUCGUAGCUAGAAAAAUGUCUGUGACUAACACAACUGCAAAACUUCGCGAAGUUUUAAACGAGGAGUCGAUUUGCUUGUACUUUUUACGCUCCGAGGCAGACCAUGUUAUCGAGUCAAGUCGUGUAGAAAAAGAAGUUUUUUGUGGCGAAAUAAAGGAAGGUCCUUUGCUAACGCUGAAUUUAUUAGUUAGCGAUAUUUUUGCCCCAAUUUUGCGCGCUCAAAAAAAUUGGAAUUGCAGUGAUGAAAACGUCGCACAGUUUUUGACACAAUUUGAAAAGCUUGCAUCAACUUUGAACGAAUAUGCCACAGCAUCUGUAGCACCUCAGCCGAUACUCAAACGAGCCGAAAUGCAAGUCAGUAACGAUUUCAAGCAGAACCGAGCCGCAGCAAUUAACCCUAUGGUACUAUCAGAGUACGAGACAUUGGUUACAGACUGGAUGCAUACCAUUGAAGGAAUACUGUGUGAUGGUCUGGACGACAGGUACAGUAUUAAGCCCGUUCUCCACUAGGCGAAUUUUUUCACGCGAAGCCAAGCGAAAAAAAAUCUUGGUAAUGUGAUUGGUUCAUCGAAAAAAUUCGCUGCAAAAAGGUUGGAUCAGUUCCUACUUUUUUACUGUUCGCGUGCACAAAUUCGCCUAGUGGAGAACUGGCUUAAUACACCCUUCCGGAAAGUACGUCACUUUGGCUAUAGAGCCUCGUUUCCGUGUAUCUGACAUCAGUUAAAGGCUGCGUCUCAAUCACGAAAACAAGGCUCUAUAGCCAAAGUGACGUACUUUCUGGAGGCGUGUAUUAGGUGAAGUCAGACCUCUAUAAUACGAGACACAGCAACAUGUCUGUAUUAGAGAGGUCAGUCCAUUUUAAAGAAUUUUUGAAACGAUAUAUGAGAAUAGUAAGGUUAUAGAAAUGCAUCUAUUUAACAAAUAGAUAAGAUUUUGCCGUUGUCUGUUCAUUUAUAGGUACACAUACAGUAUGGCAUCACAAUAUGGGAAGAACAGAAAAGUGGCUCACAAGCUGCCAAUGCGAGUGGGUCACUUUUUUGUUCUUUCGACAUUAUGAUGUCGUACUGUGUAUCUAUGACUCAACAGACAACGGCAAAAUCUUAACUAUUUGUUUUAUAUAAUAAAAAGAUAAACUGCAAAUUAAACCGGUAAAUAGUUCUGUGCGUCUGUCCUCUAAUAGAUCAUGGCUCUCAACCAAUGAAAACUCUUGAAUUCUUGACGUUAUUAUAUAAUAGAUAUUAAAUGUAAAUAUUAAAUAACAAGGCAACUCCCUUAACCCAUUAAGUUGUGUUGACCAUAACAUGCCCUACUUUUCAAAGACAUUACAGUCGAACCUCUAUUAAGCGGCCACCCUCGGGGAUCGGCUUUGUGGCCGCUUAAUAGAGGUGGCCAUUAAAUAGAGGUACGCAAAUAAUAGACCCUGGGCGUAGUCAAAUCUUUUGAAGUGUAAACUAGCUUUUGAGGUGUAAAGUGACAUGUGCAUUAUUUUACAAAUAAAGCAAAUUAGCUCGACUUUUAUUUUCGGCUCUCUUGACAAGGUGUUGCGCCAAGUAAAUCCUGCAGGCUGGCCGCUUAAUAGAGGUAAAAAUUGACAUAAAACAUCAUUUGGGACCGCUCUUUGGGUGGCCGCGGCCGCUUAAUAGAGGUGGCUGUUUAAUAGAGGGAUAGUUUAUAGUAUUUGUAUUACAAAAAUUUCGGGACUUCGAUAUGUGGCCAUUUAAUAGAGGGUGGCCGCUUAAUGGAGGGCCGCUUAGUAGAGGUUGAUCGACUGUAAUAACAUAUAUACAGCAUGUAGAUUCUUUUACAACAUAUAGUAUAUAAUCAGCAUCAUAUUUGGUGUUGUUAUCAAUCACUGUGUGGCAAUUGGAUUUUCUCUGUGGGUAGCCUGACACACAGGCUACUCUGUGGGGGGAGUGGAUCUGUUCUGGAAUGACCCAUUACAAUAUGAUGAUUGAUAACUACUACAGACUGUAGUUUUCUGCACAAACUCAUGCAAUGAAACUCGCAUAUUUCCACUGACAAUGUUUUUACAGAGCACUAGAUGGGAUGCGUGGUCCUCUCACAGAAUCUCACUUGUGGCAUCGACGUCAGAAACAUUUGAUUGGUAUCACAGAGCAGUUGAAAACCAAGGAGUGUAAGGGAGUUAUAGCUAUCCUCAUCACGGGCAAGUCUAAGAUUCUCAAGAGAUGGAAAGUUAUUGACACGAGGUAAGAUUAAGCCACUAUUUGUGGACCUGUUGAUGCAAAUAAAUUUAAUUCUUAAACUGGCUGUUGACUGUUAUAACUCACGUUAACUUUAGUCUAUAAAAAUUUAAGUGGUCUUUUAUUAUAUUAAUUAUGAUUCCAGAUAUAGACAAAGUUUUGAUCUAGACAAGAUCAAGCACGAAAUUACCAUUACCAUUGCUGGAAAGAGCAUCUUUAAAAUGAUUAAAAGUGCAAAGUUUGGUUGCAAAUUCUUGUAAAAUGAGGAAAUGUAGCCCUGUGAAGUUUGCAAAUUUUGUAUAUAUUUGUAUUACGUGCGAGAAAAAUAACUAUUUUUGAGCCGAAAGUGGUUAUUUUUACUGUGCGUAAUACAAAUUAAUAUACAAAAUUUGUGAACUUCACAGGGCUAUAUUUUCUUCACUUUACAACAUUUAGCAACCAAUCUUUGCAGUUUUACUCGUUCUAAGAUUGCUCUUUUUGUCUGUGGUGUUGGAUUUCGUUCUUCUUGCUUUGAUCAAAAUUUAGUAAUAAUGUAGCUGGAAUCACCCAUUGUGGGAUCAAUAUCUCUACUUUUAUGGCUUUGCAAGCAUUUUUGCAACGUUCGCAGACAGAGUAAAAUAAUAUGGAAUAUGAUGCAAAUCAAUUUUUUAACAGCAUUACAGAUGCAUUUAAUGAGACGAAAGACAAGGUGAAAUACCUGGAUUCGCUCAAGAGAUACUUUGAACAGUUAUACCUUCCUAAUAUAACUGUAUCAACUCUGUCAAAUUCUGUAUUACCUGGACUCAUGGCUACAGUGCGCCAGAUGGAUGCUAUUUCAAGAUAUUAUGCCAGAACUGGGUACCUUGGAGUGCUUUUUACCAAGGUUUGUAGUAAGUAGCAAGUGAGAAAUAGAGAUGUAUAUACCUUUUUUCCUUGCUGUUCAGUGCUGAUUGCCAGGGCAGGAAAAAAGAAUUUUCUUCCUGGGAGCACAAGCUGGAGACAAAAAUUACCUGCAGACCAACGGAGUAUUUUUGUGCUAAAUCUGCAUGUGCAUAAACAUAUAGUGUUCUAGCUCACGACUAGCUGACCAUGGUUUUAAGUUCAAGGAAUAAUGUCUGUCAACCAUAUGUUGUUGCGCCCAUAGUGGGACAUGGGUGUUAAGGUUUCCUUCAAAUUUUCAAUGGCAAAUCUUCAUUCCUGCAGCUGUUUAACAUUUCCUGCGAUCAGUGCUCGCGUUCUCGCCUAUUUUUCCACCCGAACGAAAAAUAUAACGCGACGAACUGGGUACGAAAAAUUGCUCCAGACGCAAACUUCAGAUAAAAAGAUUAGGGUCGGUGAUUUCAGUGAUCAAAAGCUAGGUAGGGUCAGGAAAUCGGAAACCCAGGUAAUUUUUUUCUUUGGCCCAACCAUAACCGAUCUACUUAGUAUAGAUUACAUGAAUUUUCAAGCACGUGUGGUAUAGUCAGAUUAGUCACCCAUCCUAAUGAGUUUGGUAUGUAAAUACCAAACUGAUUCUUGGUCCCUGUUGUUGUAAACUUGGUACCUACAGGGUGCGAUUACGUACCGGAGGUACGCCAAUUGUCUGGUACGUCUUUGUUUUCAGGUCUGGUACGUCUUUUGUUUUUGUUGGUAUUACAGUCUGGUACGUCUUUGUUUUCAGCCACGUACCACGUAGGUACGCGAUACUCUUGCUAUCUGCGUACUUAACUUUUUGGCACCAUAUGACCUUUCCAAGCCCAAGGUAUUCAAUACCGUGUCUUGCCGGGCAUGAAACAUUACAGAUCAUGGACUGAUAGCACUAAGGCGUGUUGAGAUCGAUUGUAUAGUAGUUUGAAUAUACUUAAAUUCAAAAACCUGUUCUUUAUGUACUUUUCGUAUAAAGACUAAGUGCACAUUGAGUAUUGAGUUUGUUCUAUAGCGCAAGGACGCGGCGGCAACAGUCAUUGGCGUACCAGUCAGGUAUGACUAAAAAUCUUGGAUUAGGGACCGGUCAUUAUUUAUGGUGAGAGGUGGCACCGAAGAGAAAUGUUUUUCGUGGCAAACAUUUUGCUGACCCAACCAUUAAAAAGUCAAAAAUUCGAUUACCCAACCUCAAAUAACAAUUAAGAAAUAAAUACCCACCCCUGGCCAAAAACUUCACAAACGGAUACCAUUCGGUUGUCACACAUGUCCUUUACCACUUCUAUGACAUGAAUUUGAUAACGGAUUGUGUAAUUUUCUGCAGUCUAAAGUUUCAUGUUGUCUGCACAUGUACUUUCUUUGGAGACAGUACCAUUUGUUUCCCAUACAACAAAUCGGAAAAUGAUCAAGAUAGUGACACUGAUUGAUUCACAUAUUGUAUUGACAUAGAACUGUUGACAGUGCUUUUUUGGUCUCCAAUAUUUCAGUGAGCCAUGCUUUGGAAAUGACAAUACAUUUUUAUUACCCAACCCUUGAGUUGUUUUGUUUUUCAUUUACCCAACCUUUUACUCACUCAAAAUUUUGUUUACCCAACCCUUUUCUCUACGGUGCCCCCCCAUAAAUAAUGACCGCUCCUUAUUGCACCCUGGUUACUAUUUUUCCUAUUUACCUGGUUACUAUUUACCUGGUUGCUGUUUUACCUAUUGUUAUAAACAUGAUACCAUAAACUUUUGCAGAGCCCCAAGAUUAAAAAAUUCUUUGUUUCUUUAGGUGACAAACCAGUUAGUGCAUGCGUUACAGCAAUAUGUGAGCACAUCAAUUACUCAGGUUGAGGAAGACAGGUUAUGGCAAGUUGUUGAACAUGAAGUAAAACGUUUGCAUGGUGGUCAGUCUGCACUCACUUAUAUGAAGACUAAAAACAAAAAGAAACAGGUAUUCAAACAUAACAUGUUCAUGCAGUGUUGCUACUACAGUGGUAAUGCAUGUACCUUUUGCCUCAGGUUGAUCUCCAAUAUGUAGUUAUUUAGUACUCACGUUUCCUCUUGUAGGCACACUGCACCAAUAAGGAAGUGCAGCUUAGAACUGGUAGAUCUAGUAUCCAGUAUAAAUAAAGUUAGUUUAGUUUUCUUCCUGUUCUAGUAAUGCUGGGGCAAUAAGGGAUUAUCUCUUACUGAUAGUCUAUGGCACGGUUUAAGCUGGGAUUUUAGAUUUUGGGAGUGUUUCUAAAUUCCCAAGGUGUGUACUUGCCAAUUACCCAGAAUAGCCAAAAAACAUGGUUCCAAUUAUGCUCGCCAACAAUAGACUAUUCCUGUUUUAUGCUACUCAAUCAAAUACAAGCCAGUUAUUGUAGCAACUCUUGGGGCAUUUAAAGCGAUUUUAACACCAUACGGUUCCCAUUACCUAUAUCCAUCUAAACAUAAGAAAUCACGGAUCACUUAGAUUUACACACUUUCUUACGACAUAAAUAGGAGGAAAUUCCCCGCGACCUUUGGGAUACUAGUUCCAAGCUCUACCAACUGAGCUACGAGGUCAAGUCGGUUCGAGCAUUUGACUAGUAUCACAAAGGUUAAUGCGGGUUCGAUUCCCACCGUGGUCAAGCUAACUUUUCAGUUUGCCCGGUGUGGAUGCACACUUAGAGGAACAUCACAAACAUCAUAUUCACCUGAGUACAUAACACCAACACACACAAAAUGUAACACAUAUGUUCUGUACUGUAGGGUGGCGCUGAGGUGAAGCAUGGCACUCGAGAUGACCAUUUCUCAGCUCAUCUCAACUCAUGUCUCCUACUUCAGAAACAAUAUCGUGAUAUGAUCAGGACAUUGCGAGAUAAUUUUGGCGCUGCAAGCUCACACUCAACAACGGCACUUUUUUCUGGAACACCUGCUCAACCGAACUCGGUUAAACGCUCCUUUCUUCACCCGGGUAAUAUAGUUGGCUCACAGUCUAGCACCUUACGACUACCAUCGAAUAUGUCUACGCAAGGUAAUGGUAGUGUCCUAAACAUACCUAUACUUAGCAGCGUAUAGGGUAGUUGGGAACGCUAUUCAGGAGACUAAGUAGUAGUUGGGAAGGUAUUCAGGAGACUAGGUAAUGUUAGAUGAACAUUGAGUUUGUUCUUCGACAGGAGCAGAUCUAGCCUCAUCUGUAAGGAGGGGUGCAGGUUUUCCAUGGGGUGGUGCAUGAGGGAGCCUUACUGCCCACUCUCCUCUGCAGUCUGCAACGCUACUAUCCCAACAUAACUAUUAUUUGAGAUGGCCGAAUCUGUAUGUUCGCCGUUCUGAUACGUUUUACAUUAUCUUUUGUUUAUAAAGUUUAUAUUGGCUUUUUAUCACGAAUGCGUUACUGGACAGUUGUUGUAGCACAGUACAAUAAAUUUCCUUGUUAAAGUACAGUAUAUUUGAAAAUAUGGCUGUAUAACAACCUCGACAUGUUUACAUGUUUAAUCAUGAUGUUUAACUAAAGCAAUUAAAUCGUUUCAAGAAAUCGACAAACGCUAACAGUAGACGUUCCGCUAAUCCCUAUUCGAAAAGCAGAAAAUGUAUGGUCAAGCUUAUUUUUUUUAGUGGUGCUGGACUUCUUUAUAAAGGAGGUGCUAGACACCACUGGGUGGGGUGCGUACUCCCCACCCCCUGCACCCCACGGUAGAUCCGCCCCUGGGUGAAAGAUGCUCGCUUUAACGAUUGCGCCAAUGAUGACUGAUACAUGUGUCAUGAUGUAUUCAUGUUAUCUUAGGUAACGUAAGACAUCGAGACUCUGACAGUACAAGUUUCCAAGGCGUUGCAGGGGUUUCCCUUGCAGAUGAAGACACAGUGUUUACCUCGAUGGAAUUCUUUUGUACUCGAGUACGAAACAUGCUCGACAUCAUCAACACGCUGGCUCAGUUUGCAAAGCUUUGUGAAGCGGUUAAAGAUCUACCUCGUUUACCAAGAGAAGCACUGGCUCCAGAGGAGGAGAUCACGGGGGAAGAUGAGGGUGAUGAGGACCAAGGGAGGGAUAUAUCACGUACUAUUUCUGAUACAAGUUUCGAAGAAG